CUCUCCCGCGCUCUCCCGGCCGGCCGGGACGCUGCGCGCCAACGCGGCUCGCACGCCAAUGAGGGCCCGGACCCCGGCGCUCGCCGCCUCCGGAGCCGCCCGCAGCCUCCCGGCCAGACCCCCCGCCCGCCGCCGCCUGGGCGCGGGCGGCCCGGACCCAUGCGGCGGCUCCAGGAGCGCUUCAGGAGGUUCAUGAACCACCCAGCUCCAGCAAACAGCCGCUACAAACCCACUUGCUAUGAACAUGCUGCUAACUGCUACACACACGCAUUCCUCAUUGUUCCUGCCAUUGUGGGCAGUGCUCUUCUCCACCGCCUUUCUGAUGACCGAUGGGAGAAGAUAACGGCAUGGAUGUAUGGCAUGGGCCUCUGCGCGCUCUUCAUCGUGUCCACAGUGUUCCAUAUAGUUUCCUGGAAAAAGAGCCACUUAAGGACCAUGGAACAUUGUUUUCAUAUGUGUGACAGAAUGAUGAUCUAUGUCUUCAUUGCUGCAUCAUAUGCACCAUGGUUAAAUCUACGUGAGCUUGGACCUCUGGCAUCUCAUAUGCGUUGGUUUAUCUGGCUAAUGGCCGCUGGAGGAACUAUUUAUGUAUUUCUCUACCAUGAAAAGUACAAGAUUGUUGAACUCUUUUUCUACUUAGCAAUGGGAUUUUCUCCUGCUCUGGUGGUGACAUCCAUGAGUAACACGGAUGGACUUCAGGAGGUUGCCUGGGGAGGCUUGAUCUAUUGUCUGGGUGUGGUGUUCUUCAAGAGCGAUGGCAUCAUCCCCUUUGCCCAUGCCAUCUGGCACAUCUUUGUGGCCACAGCAGCUGCAGUUCAUUACUAUGCCAUUUGGAAGUACCUUUACAGAAGUCCUGCAGACAUGAUUCGCCACUUGUGAUAUUCGGGGGGCGCAGGGCAAGUCAAUCUGCACUUGGCCUCUGUAGCAGUAUUAUUUGACGUAAGGAAUUGGGGGAAAUUGGAGAGUUGCACAAGAAAAAAAAAAUGCACUGACUUUGAUAGUUCUCUGAACACAAUUACUGUGAACUGGUGUCGUAUGUGUCCUGGAAUUGCCCUUCAUAUAUGGCAAGUGCUGUAAAUAACCAAGAUACUGAACUGCAAUACUAAGAGUCCAUUCCACGUUAGGAGAACCGGCUACCUGAUGUUUACAAAUAAAUUUUGUAUCCUAGGUUAACUUUACAAUUUUUAACUCUAUGAAUUUUUUCUAAAUUAGCGAUCCGAAUGGUGAAGUCAGUGCAAUAAGACAAACGUAACUCUGUUUAUUUGAAAUUGGUUUCUAUCACUUUCCACUAGUCAUUCACUCAAGGUGAAUCGCAGCUGGAUGGUCUACUUCUGCCACCCAUUAUCUUGGUAUAAUGCGACUUUUAUAGAAACUUGUUGUGUUUUUUGUAAACUUGAAAUACAUUUAUUGAACUGAAAACACACAACUGUCAUCUAUGCAGUUACUCAUAUUGCAAAAUCUUGCAAGAAAUGGUUACAUUCCACAUACUGUACUGACAAGCAGACGUACCUCUCCAAAGGCUGAAUUACAUUUAUAGUUGUAAUAACCACUUUGACAGACUAAAAUGUAAAUGUGAUUCUGCCAGGUUUUAACAUGAAAACAUUGGUAAUACUACUGCUAAUCUAUAGUACCACUUGCACAGCACCUUAAUUUGGCUAUAUUGAUGAUGGAAAUAAGUGUUUUAGAGAAAUUGGAACACUUUUAUCUUCAAGAUUCCCAAUUCUGCCGUGUGCUGCACAGUUGGGCAGCAGUUUGGAUGAGAGCAGGCUCGUCAAGGCUUGCAUUAAGUAUUAAUUAAGUAUUAACGAAGGUGGCCAGUUAAUACCCUGCUAUCCAAAUUAAGAGACUCAAUAGCUUCCCAAAAAUCAGUACAUGUACCGGUGCUGUAAUAUUAAGGCUUUGGUUUUUCAAAGGGAUUUCUAUGGGCCGACAGAACCAGCUUCCACCAGCUUUCAUUGGGAUCAUUUGAAGGAUGUUUUGUUGGGAAAGCAGAUCCCGAGCAAUCGCUGACUGCUAAUUUCAAGGUUAUUGGUUCUUUGUAAGCCUUCCAGGGAGGAAAGUGUGGAGAACUCGACACAAAUCACUUGUCAUUCUGGGACUUCACACACAGUAAAACUGGUCUUUAAUUGUAUUGCUGUGUUUCUGUGCAGGAAAACAAAAAAAAUAAAUGUGGUAGUGAGUCAUGAUUGUGGAACAUGUGCAUUAAAUGACCAGAUGUGGAAGCCUCAUUGUAAUACUGUUUGUCCAAUAACUGUAUCCUGUCCCACUA